CGAGGACAGGCGGCGCGCUAGGCGGCGGCCGUGCUCUCGCGGUCCACAUCAGGGCUGUACUUGCCACCCAGAGAUCCACCCAGAGAUAGAGAGAGGGAAGGCGAGCGCAGAGAGCGACGAACGGGCCGUAUAGCGAGACGAAUUGGUUGCCGCAGGACAUGUCAUCACAUACUCCGAUCGCCGGGGUGAAGGAUGGGCUCAAUGGCGUGCUGGCACAACACUAUCUUGGCACGUUUGACAUCCCUGUCACCAACGUCAACAUAAUUGGGCGUCCCAUAGCAACGUCAGGGGUAAGGAUCAUAACGGAGUCCAUGAAGCAAGCCCGCGGAUUCUUGCAGCAGCACGCCAUCUUGGCUAUGGUUGAAGCAUCGAAUGUACCCGCCGGCGGGCUGAGUGCGGCGGCAGCCGCGAAGCUCCAAUUACGGAUUCUGGACGGCGCGCACAGGACGCACUGUGCUCUGCAGCUGUACGGCGGAGAGUUCAUCAUCCCCUGUCGCAUCUAUACCGAUUUCAAUCCGCUGGAGGAGGCCGUCGUCGCCUCAGGCUUGAACAACGUCGCGCAGGCUCUGGUCCCCCGUGGCGUGUUCGACGAUGUUUUCUUCAUGAACCAGCUCCUCGAUGGCUUCAGGAAGAUGCAGGGUUCGCUUUUCCCAUCUGCUAAGAUGAUCCAAGACGCGUACGUAAAGGGGGGUCUCUCUCCACCUAGCCAAUCAACCGUCCGCCGCCAUAAGGCUGCCGUUAAUUGUCUGACGACGGAAGGAUUCCAGGCGCUGCAGCGGAUCCAAGAGAGAUCUCACGAAGACCCCUCCAUCCACAUGGCGUCCCUUACGUGGACCACUCUCAGCCACAGCGCGUUUGGUGAAGCCGGUCAGACCAGUGGUGCGAUUCAAGCUCUUAUGCUCGAACACAUGGUUAGGUUCCGCUCCUCAUCCGACAACUCGAAGGCGCUAACGGGCGAUGAUGUACCUGACGUCGCCAAACUCGCUCACGAUGCACAUGACUUCAUGGAACGGACUGAGGCGGCAUUCGGCGCUCGUAGCGAGUGGUCCCCCGAGCUCGCAGUGCUGGUAGAAAAGUACGCCUACGUCCAGUCAGGCGCUCUCGAGACAAUUGUCCGCCCAUGGAUGAAAAAGCGGGAUGACGAGGCGAACGAACUCAGCAGCAAAUUGCCCGGCGACCGACGUUUGUCCGACGACCACUUCCACGUCAUCUCCGCCGCGAAACCCCUCGGCUGCAUCCACAAGGCUGCCACCAAGAGUAAGACAGAACCGUCGACAACCCACUACGAGACAUUCCAGAAGCGGUUUCAGGAAGUCAUGCUCGCCUACAACAUUUCCGAGCUCGUCGCCGACACUUCAUCCAGUCAAGGCUCGACGGAGGGCGACAAUGGAGUUGAGGCGACGGGGACUGGCGUCAGAAGCGGCGCGGGGGGCGGGGAGGAAGGCGAACAAACCUCUGACGGAGAAGAUGGGGAUGUUGGGGGCGGAGAGGACGGAGACUUCGGAGACGGAGAGGGAGACAUGGAUGAAGAGGGUGCGGGUGAUGAGGGAGGAAACGGCGAAGAUUACGACACCACCCCGCGGACCGGAAAUGUAAAGGGGAAGCGGAAGGGGAAGCGGAAGGGGGAAGGAGAAGGCCAAAGGACAGGAGAAGGACAACGAAGGCACGGUGGUGAAGGCCGGGCAAGCGAGUCGGCGCAAGUCCACCGGUCACGGAGGGCUGCUGUUGACGCCGGCGACUGUUGA